AAGACACGGUGAUUGGCCAAAAUAGAAAAAGACCGGGUUGGGAAUUUUUUGAAACAGGAAAAGCGUUAAAGCUUACGAUUCUCAUCAUAUAUGUAUAGAAUGAUUCAUUCGGACCCAAAGCACUUUCGUCUUUCAACGAAAAAUACCAAAAAGGUAUACUUCCUUAUUGGAGUGAGAAUUAUUUGUAUAUUGUAUUUAAGUUUAUAUCCUUUCCUUGACAUAAAUACUUUGAAAGGAACAAAGAAAAAAGUAGACCCUUCUUACUGGAACGUCUAUCACAGUGUAGAACAACUCGCCUCGAAAUUGGAGGUUUGGGAGCACAAAAACUUGAAAAAUUUUCCUAUUUGUCGUUUAGAAAGGGUUUGUAAAACUGAUAAAGGUCAAUGGAUACUUCCAAAAUGGUUAAAUAACUAUCAUUUCUGGUUAGAAAAAUGUGGUCUCAACCAAUCCUUAGUUUGGUAUGCAGAUAUUCAGGAUCCUAUCCAUUUGCAUAAUAGUUCAUUCCAAGGUGAUCUUAUCGGUACUCAAGUCUUACGUUGGCAGCUUCCUCAUCUCAUUGCCGACACAAUAUGGAUCUUGCUCUGGAGGCAUUUUAUUUAUUACUCUGAAAAUACAAAGUCAUGGUCAUUCACAUGUGUGAGUUCAGCUUCCAGACCAUGUAUUACAACUCUCUUUUGGAGUGCCUUGGAACCAGUUUUACUUAACUAUCAAAGACCUAAAGAAGAAGAUUGGACGUCGCAAUACUUACAACAAGUAUUAUUGAGUACCAUACCAACACAAUGGAAAACCAUUUCUCCCGAAUCUCAAGGUUGCUUUCGGUCAGUCACUUUUAGUAGACUUCGACCCGCUCAUAUUCCAAAACAUGUGUUAUCUCAAGAAGACAUAUUUUUCUUAGAAAAUGGAAUCUUAAGGGAAGACCGUUUAAAAAGUUCCUUUCAGAAUGCUAAAGACACUGGGAAGUGCAUGAUCACCAUUGCAUUAAAGAAUAAUAGUGUUGGAUAUUCAAGCAAUCGUUUGAACUCUUUUCAUGAAAAUCUAUUUGAACAAGUUGCCAAUCUGAUUCCUAGACUUGCAUUGGAGUCUACUACCGAAACUUAUCGACAGGACAUAAAUAUUCGUUUGGUAGAUUUUCAUACUAAUGAUCUUGAUGAUUGGAUAAGUGCAAAAGAGAAACUUCAAGCAGUAGAUGUUGUAGUCACUGAUCAUUCCAUUGCUAACAGCCAGUUCCUAUUGCUACGUCCCAAUACUACUGUCAUUGAAGUGCUUCCAUUUUCAUAUUCGGCAGUUAUGUUUAAAGAACUUGCAUUGAGCUUGGGAUUGGAUUAUCAUUCUGUAUCUUCCAAUCCAGAUGAAGAAACAUUCCUUGAUUGUCUAUUUCGAUAUGAACAGGACCAACAUUCUCUUUCCCAACUAGUUCAAGCAUAUCGUCAAGAGGCAGAAAACUGGCAUCGUGGCAUAUAUCAACAAACGCUUCAUUUGGAUGAUCUGGAGACUACUGAUAAGCAAAUGCAUCGGAAAUAGCUCACUUUGUUAUCCAAAGAGCAUUGACUCCAUGUCU